AUGUCCACAGUCUUGUCGGCGCUGCGGGGCCACCGGCGGCGGUCGUCAAGCCUCUCGCGUGACAAUGUCCUCGACGUCCUGCUACACCGGCGGGAGCCGAGUGGGGGGUCGCACGAAGACCGCGAGUCGAAGCGAUCGUUCUCAAGGUCACGCAACGCGUCCAAGGUGAGCUUGCCGCCCAGCUCGUUCAAGUCGCGCAACAGCGGCUUCUUCGACAUCUUCAAGCGCGACAAGGACAAGGAUAGAGACAAGGACCAUCAUGGCCUUUCGUCAAUCGUGGUGGCCAGUGGCGCGGCGGCCGCCGUUGGGAGUGACGAGGCAGGCGAGCUCGUGGCCAAAAAGUCAAGCCCACUCAACACACCCAGCGGAAGCUUCACACAGAUCGGCCACUUCAUCUCCAUUGCCGGUGACGAGGGCGUACAAGAGGCUGUUCAGACACGGAGAGAAAGCGACCCUCAGCGAGAGAAGCACGAGGGAAUCAGCGUCACACCGUUCGUCGCCGGCGACUCGCGGCGCUUCUCCCUCCCCGGCGACGAGGUACCGCUGCGGAGCAUCCCUCUGUGUGCGGGGCUGGAGAGUGACCCUGCGGACACGGCGAAGCCAGUCACUCGCGAGCGGCAGAUGCGCUACGAUGGCCGGCGGCGGAACUCGUGGACGUCGGCGUUCCCGUACAUUCCUGACCCCGGGUCGGUGCCCAACCCCGCGGCCGUCCACCACCCGCCAUACCCGCACACGCACCACACCGACCUGUCGGCGCUCCUGCCGGCGACGAUGAGGUGGGUCGCCGCCGCACCAGGGGCACACGGGAAGGCCCACCGACUCAAGCUCGUCCUCGAGGCCUUAAAGGAACAGGCAGACUCACACGACUGCUACCCGCCGAUGCGGAGCCCGUCUCGCGUCCCCGACUACCCCACGUGGCAGACGACGGUGCUCGUCCAUGUCGAGCUGGCCCGUUGCGAUAAGUGCCUCGAAUGGUACGACGAGAUGGCCGAAGAAGAGCUGGCACGAAUCGCGGAGGAUAGGAAAGCGAAGGCAGCAGCUGAAGGUGCUGAAGCCCCAGCCAAGGCGCCCUCGGUAGAAACCGACGGCACAGAUGACGACGAGCAGGCCGCGUGGAUGCGGCGCAUUAAAGCCGCCAACGAGAGCACGCCCGUAGCGUGUGCCUUCCGCGCCACCCACGAGGCGCUCGAGGCCGACAGGAAGCAGCUCAUGGAGAAGUGGACAUCCGCGCGGGGUGGCAACGGCGCGCCAUCCGCUGUCCCACGGGACGAGAUGAACGCGGCGCUACGCUGGAUGAGGCGGUAUAACGCGCACCUUCUGCGCCGGGGAACGGCUCUGAGCUACGCCGACCUGGUGGCGCUCUACCCGGACGACGAGGUAAAGGGCGAGAACAACCCCAAGAGUGAGGAGAGUGUCGAUGCCACAACCGCAGAGGUCGGGUUCCCCGCGCCGCGGCCGUACCGCCGCCGCAUCCCCACGAGGGUGGGCGCGACGACGCGCCUGGUGUGGUGGGUCCACAACGCCGUCCCCAAAUCAGAGCGCAAACGCGCGAGCCUGCGCCCCGCGUCCGUCUCGUUCCCCUUGCCGCUCCUCCGCCCGCGCGUAGCAAUGCCCAUACCCAUGCCGAUGGCGGACACGGACGACAUGAUCUCCCUCGCCGGUGCGCUGCUCCUAGACCCGCCCGCCCCGCCAAGCCCCAGCCCGUCGGGGAGCAGCGACGAGGUGGUGCACGGGCAGGUGCUUCGUCCGGCGCGCGUCACACUCCGCCACCUCCGGCGUAGCGGCACACUGAGCGUGACGCCAGCACCGCCCCCACCGCCGACAUUACCCCCCAACAUGUCCCCGCCGAGCACGACCCAGCCGCUCGCGUCCGAGCCACGCCUAGUGCCCUCGCGCACCGCGUCCCCCGAGGCACUGGAGGACGAGCCGCCGUCCCCGCGCCCGCGGCUCAGCGUCGACCUGCCGCGCAAGACACCGCCACUGCUGAGCGUGCACCCCGCCACGCCGGAAACACCCGCCGACAAGCUCGCGGCCGCCACGCCGCUCGUGGGCGGGCUCGCGCCCCCAUCGCGCGAUGGCAGAAGCGCUGACCCACCGCAACCGGCCAGUCCGCUACAACGCCACAGCCCACGGCUGCCCAGCCCGCUUGGUGCCAAAGCAGUGUUCAGCAACCCCCCGCCGCCGGGGUACGACCCUCUUCCAAGUCCUGUGAGCCCGCGCACCGUGCUCCCGCCCGACACGGUGGACAGACCCGACACGACGGACACGCACGGCACGUCUGCCACGCACGGCACUUCUGCCACUCACGGCACCUCGCCCAGCUCGCAGAGCUACGACUACUUUGGGUACACGGAGAGCUACGCGGAGGGGUACGACGCGCCACCAGCCCCCAGAGCCUACACCAGCCCGCCACCGCGGCCGACACGUACCCCGAGCGGCGGGCGUGGUUCGUACGAGGGCCACCGGCCUGCGGCAUUCACGCAUGACGUACCCCCCGGCGGCUACGCCACACCGCCAACUUACCCCACGCGCACGCCUAGCACCGGACGCGUGUCGAGCGAUAGCCACCGCGCGUCAAACGAGAGUUACCGCCACAUCGACUGGUCGCACGGCUAUGCCGACCCAGCGCCGAGCGCGUUCACCACAGCACCGCGCCACGUCCGCACACCCAGUUCGGGGCGAGCGCACGACGGCCACCAGCCAGAGUGGCAGCCAGGCCACCUGCACGACGCCAUGCCGAGCGCGUACGCGGCCCCACACGUGGCGCCACGUCGCGUGCCCAGCGCCAGCCGGCUGGCCUCCGAGGGCUGUGCAACCCCGUACAUUACCCCCGAGUGGUCGCCGUACGUGCUGACCGACGAGCCUCGGCGCAGCACGCCGAGCCCGACCCAGCUCCGCCAGUCCCCGGGGAGCUCGACUCGCGCCCUUGCACGGGGGUACGCGCGCCACCGCCCGCUCGCACUUGCCCCGUCAACCAUCGCGCCGAACCCUCCCCCGCCGCCGCCGCCUCCGCCCCCGCUCCGCCGGAGCCUGGGCGGCUCGCACCCGCGCCGCAGUGCCACCCGCUCCACUGAUGACGCGGACGACUCAAGCUCGGACGAGUACCCCUCUAUCAGCGUCGCCCCGCGCCCCAACCUCGUUCGCCGCGCCUCGGGCGGCCAGCCCCGCCCCGUGCGCCCGCCAGCCCUCCGCUCACUCAACCCGCCCCCGCCGCCCUCACCGCCGCCGCAGGCUACUUUCGUCCGCCGCCGCGAGUCGCGCCCGCCUCGUACAGCGCCACCGCAUGCCCAGCCCGACAACGAGUACGCCCCACCCUGGACCUGA